AUGACGUUGCCAAAGGGUUCUUCUGAGAAGGAUGAUGGUAACAAGAACAAGAAUUCAAAUACUGACGACACGUCUCCACCUCCAGGUACUAGAAGCGAUCAAUGUGACGCCAGCAGAGAUGGCUUACCUAUUCGCAUCAAGGCAAAAGGAUCAGCUUCCCAAAUGGGAUCUUUGCGAGAGACUAUGGUACAGUCGGUAAGAGGAGAAACAGCACCAAACACUUCAGGCUAUGGUGACACUUUGCUAUCUGCAAAUGAACGAAGUCUUUACACGUCACCAGAACUUCCAGGUUCGCCUCUAUACUCAACGACCAAGCUACCAAACUCUUCAUCUGUUUCUGGCGGUCUUGAUGGGACUUCUCAAUUACCAGAAGAUGAGAACUCUCCAAUUCCAACUCAAGCAGCAUCUACUGGUACUUCUCAUGAAGUCACUCCAUCACCUCUUGAUCAUUUAGGUGACGACUCCAAACUAUCAAGGAAUGAAGCAUCGUCCCCGAGUCCAACUUACGCAAUAUCCCAUGACAUGUCUCAUGCCGAGUCCCAAGCUUCUUUUGGUCGCGUCAGCGAUGAUACUGAAGCAGCAAAGAGCGACGAGCCCUCUCCAAAUCCAGUUUCUGGGGCCUCCUCUGACCUCCCUCAUAGUAUAUCGCCGAAUUCCUUUUCAACGGGACGCCCCAAUACAGCACCAUAUCCGCCACCUCACAAUGCUCGCCAGAUUCCCCAAACCCCCGAGGAGUGCAUCGAAUGGUUGUUGAAAUGGGCGAUGGAUGAAGGCAUGGAAGGAACUAUGACAACAGCCAUUGGGCCAGAACUCGCUUGCCACUUGAUCACGUUCAAUCUUGAAGCCGCCCAAUCAGAAGAUCUCUCUCCGGCAGUCGCCAGUUUUGGUAGCACACCUAGCCUCUCAUCUUCUCUUACCGAUAUGAGGAGUGAAGCCUGGCAUCAAAUUUUUGCCAAACGGGUUAGAGAUUGGCUUAAAACCCCUGGGCAAGCAAAGAUGAAGGAAGAGAGGGAGAAGCUCAUCGACCAGAAAUUGAAAGAGGUUUCAAUUGACGGGGAGAAGAUCGACGAGAACUGGAGCUUCGACCAAAAGGUAAGAUUCAAGAGCGCUUGAUUUUGAACCUCGAUUGACAAUUCUUGCUACAGGUUGGACACCUUGCUGGACGACAAAACAUGCGGCUCUUGGAAGCUAGUUUCACCAUCGAUGGAGAUCCACCCGACAACAUCUACACUCCCAUGCCAAUGCAAUCGCAAGUGAGCAAGCAUGGCGAGUUCCAAGUUCAUCUUCGAUAUGUGGUUGACGGGGAUGCCCAAAACACUCAUGUACAGGUUCUUUAUUUCGACUUCCACACGCCAUUUUAUGAAUUCGCGAAAUCUCUCCAAGAGCAUACGGCCCAUUGUGUCAUCCCACCACUGGACUCUCUGAACGUAUUCAUGAAAGAGAUAUUUGUAAAGAAGAGAGAACUCGAGGGAGAGCAUGAAUCAGCCACCGGUACUUCUGAUCAAACCCCACGUCCAGCAACACAACCAAGCUUCCGAAUCAUGCGCACAGAAGAGGAGGGCGGUCUGAAAUACACGUACUAUCAAGGCUACAUGGGCCCACGGGAACCCCCCAACGACCGAGAAAGAGGCUAUACCAUGGCAGACGGCUCUUGGAAGUGCGAACGCGCGUUGCUAGCCCAAGCUAAGAACACUAUCCCGACACGUGCACUCGAAUGGACGAAGCAAAUCGCAAACGAGGAAGAUUACACGGCGAUGAUUAGGGAGCUCUACGAUACCAACAAAGCAGCCAGAGACGCCGCCGAUCCCCCACAAAGCAUGCUCCGCCCUCGAGGCUUUUUCCAGGAAGACGAUGAUCCUGAUACUACCUAUGUACUCUGUAUCAUGCAUGUAAGUGCCCCCCUUGCGAACCUCGCCUUUGUAUUUUGAAGGCUAGCUAACUUCAUGGUGCACAGUUAAUGGAUUAUGCCGAGUUCCUCAAGUAUGAGAAGCGCAAGGAGAUCGAGAAGAAGGCUGAUGAGAAAUCGUGUGCUGAGUGGACUAAGAACACGCCAGAUAUCAAGCCGCUUCAGAGGUGGUCGGAGUGGGUUGAUGAAUGUAAUGCUAAGGGGGUUGAUCCAUAUGCGAAUGUCUUUGGCAACAAUAAGUCCCGCUGA